AUACAUUUUUUUUAAUAGCAUAAUGUGUUUCUACAAACUUUUUUUCAUUAGGUUCUAAGUUUGCUGAAAAUAUGGCUGAACUAGUUACACUAAUAUCAAAAAUAUCUGCCGAGGUCAUCAAAGCAUUGAAGAAUGAAGAAAAUAAGCAAUCACAGGAGGAGAAAAUUGAUGAACAACAAUAAAGUCAAAAAGAUGGAUCCAAGAAACAGGAGAGUCCACACAAGGAGGAUAUGCGAUUAUGAUAAGGGAUCACUCAACGAUAUGGAAGAGUCUCGUGAUGAAGAAUCUAAUAAGCAACACAUUCUUGAAGAGCAACAGUUGCUGGAUGUGAAUGUGGCCGAUAAAGAGGCAGGUCGUGAGGACGCUUUUGAAAAUGAGGACUGUUCUGAUUUGAAAGCUUUGGAGGAUGAAGUUGGUGGGACAAUAACUGAUUCAAUACAAGUAGUUGUAGAUACAAUUUUAUUUGAUCUAUCAACACCUUCGACUACAAAGCCAUUGAAUGUUGGUGCUUCAAAUAAAAUGACCGAAAGCCAAUGGGACCUUCCAGUCAGUCAGAUUCCACCUGACUUCCCUGAUGCUCAAGUUCGGGAGCUUGAAGCAUCAAAACCAAAAGCACCUACCAAACGGGAAAGAAAGAAGUCCAAGGUUUUAAGGUCACCAUACAUUUCAAAGUAUGGUUUUGGCUCUAAGAAUGCGAGCGAUUUCGAUACAGAGGAGAAGCUGAAGUAUGCUUUUGAUGGGUACACCAUUAACCAAGAUUUACCGAACGAAUUGAUGAUCGAUUACUCCCACUGAAUUGCCGUAGGAUUACUGAAAACUCAUUCUGCCAACAUUUAGAUGUGAUCUUCUACCACUUGAGAAAGAAAUCAAAGAUUCAGCUGGGCAAUUAUAGAUAUACAACUACAGGCUGUUUCUUCAAAACAUAUAUUGAGAGGACACAUACUCGCUAUUAUCCAGGGGAACCGGCAGUUGAGCUAUCCACGCAACAAGAUUAUGCAGAAUCAAUUGUGGUGGCUAAGAAUGAAGAUGCUAUUACAAAUAUAAUUCAUGAAUUCUAUAUGAUUGUUGGAUUACCAUGGUAUAUGAUUGAUGAGGUGUAUGUUUCAAUUAAAUGUGGUAAAAAUUUUUAUUGGGUAUUGGCUGUGAUUGUCUUGAAGGAAAGAUUGAUACGUGUGUAUGACUCACUGUCAAGUAAAAGGAAAAAAGAACCACCAAUUGAAAUACAAAAGCUUGCAGUGAUGUUGUCUACUUACUUGUCAGACAAUGGCUUUUAUGAUAACAUCGAACGAACUGACUGGCCAUCACUUGAAGCGUACAAACAGGGGCAGAGCUACAGCUUGCGAAGGGUGGUCAGAUGAACACCCUUCGUCGAAAACUUUUUUUGGAUAUAUAGGUUAAAUAUAGAUAUAUAUGGUUAUAUACUUACUGUUGAACACCCUUGACAAGCUAGAGAUGCACAACCUAGUGGUCAAGGGUGUACAAAUUCGCAUUGGUGAUGUGGGUUCGAUUCCCAUCAGAUGCAGUUGCUUUUAUUGUCCUUUUAAAUUUGGAAUAAUUUUAAAGAAGGAACAGAUCUUGGCAUGGAGCCCAAAUGCCCAAC